UUGGGCGGGAAAAUUUUGCCGCCAAAGCUGCCGAAGUGGGAGCGUUGUAAUCAGAACGGUGUGAGUUGUGUGAAAACUGGAAAAUGGAAGGGUUUGAUGAUCCCGGUAUAUUUUUUUCGGAUAAUUUUGGCGGUGAUGAUCAGGCCAGUGAAUCGCGUCUCACGCUGCAAAGUACUAAGAAGAAAUUUAAACAGUUUCUGAAGCAGUUUCAUGAAGGAAAUUUUAAUUAUAAAUACAGAGACACCUUGAAAAGACAAUACAACUUGGGGCAGUACUGGCUCCAGGUUAAUUUGGAAGAUCUAGCAAGUUUCGAUGAAACCCUGGCGGAGAAAAUGUACAAGCAGCCAACAGAACAUCUUCCCAUUUUCGAGGAAGCAGCGAAAGAAAUUGCAGAUGAAGUAACGGCUCCAAGACCCCUUGGAGAAGAAGCAGUGCAAGAUAUUCAGAUAUUACUGUCCUCUGAUGCAAAUCCUGCUAGCAUGCGUGACAUGAAGUCUGAAACAGUGUCACGGCUGGUGAAAAUUCCAGGAAUUGUUGUGUCGGCAUCUGGUGUUCGUGCAAAAGCAACACAAAUAGCUAUACAGUGCCGUUCCUGCAAGAGUAUUACAACUCAUUUGGCUGUUAAGCCAGGUCUUGAGGGAUAUGCAUUGCCUCGGCGGUGCAAUACGGAGCAGGCAGGUCGUCCAAAGUGUCCUUUGGAUCCUUUCUUCAUUGUCCCUGACAAGUGCACCUGUGUAGACUUUCAAGUUCUGAAAUUACAAGAGUUGCCUGAUUAUAUUCCACAAGGAGAGAUGCCACGUCACCUUGAACUUUACUGUGACAGGUACCUCUGUGAGCGAGUUGUGCCCGGCAAUAGAGUCGUAGUACUGGGAAUCUUCUCCAUCAAAAAAGUUUCAAAACCCAAGAGUCGUGGAAGGGAACGUGCGCUUGUUGGUGUUAGAACACCAUACUUGCGUGUUGUAGGCAUCAGGAUUGAUGCUGCUGGUUCUGGUUUUAGCAGUCCACAACCAGUGACAGCAGAGGAAGAAGACUCCUUCCGUCGUUUAGCAGCUAGUCCAAAUCUAUAUGAGCGUAUUGCCAGAAGUGUUGCUCCCAGUAUCUUUGGGUUUGCAGACAUCAAGAAGGCAAUAGCUUGUUUACUGUUUGGAGGUUCAAGAAAGCGGAUGCCUGAUGGUUUGACCCGGCGUGGAGAUAUCAAUAUACUAUUGCUGGGUGAUCCUGGUACUGCUAAAUCUCAGUUGCUGAAGUUUGUGGAACGUGUCUCCCCUAUUGCUGUUUACACAUCAGGAAAAGGGUCCUCUGCUGCUGGGCUCACAGCAUCUGUAAUCAGGGACCCUUCCUCAAGAAACUUUGUCAUGGAAGGAGGUGCUAUGGUCCUCGCUGAUGGUGGUGUUGUUUGUAUUGACGAAUUUGACAAAAUGAGAGAAGAUGAUCGUGUGGCAAUUCACGAGGCCAUGGAACAGCAAACCAUCUCUAUUGCAAAGGCUGGAAUUACCACCACAUUAAAUUCUAGGUGUUCAGUACUUGCAGCUGCGAACUCCAUUUUUGGGAGAUGGGAUGAAACCAAAGGUGAAGAAAAUAUUGAUUUCAUGCCUACUAUUCUGUCAAGAUUUGAUAUGAUCUUCAUUGUGAAAGAUGAGCACAAUGAAGCAAGAGAUCAGACUGUUGCUAAGCACAUAAUGAAUGUGCACAUGAACGCAGGUCAAACGUCUGAGGACAACACAGAUGGAGAAAUACCUUUGGCACUUAUGAAGAAAUUUAUCAAUUACUGUCGCCUGCACUGUGGACCUCGUCUUUCAGAAGCUGCUGGUGAGAAAUUAAGAAAUCGUUAUGUACUGAUGCGAAGUGGAACUCGUGAACAUGAGAUUGAAACGGAGAAGAGAUUGUCCAUUCCUAUUACUGUAAGGCAGCUUGAGGCAGUUAUACGAAUUUCGGAGUCUCUAGCAAAAAUGCAGUUACAGCCAUUUGCAACAGAAGCACAUGUUGAUGAAGCAUUAAGGCUUUUUCAAGUAUCAACACUGGAUGCAGCAAUGUCAGGAAGUUUGGCAGGUGCUGAAGGUUUCACCACUGAAGAGGAUUAUGAGAUGUUGGGACGAAUUGAGAAGCAACUGAAGAAGAGAUUUGCCAUUGGUUCACAAGUUUCAGAACACACAAUUGUUCAGGAUUUUCUCAGGCAGAAAUACCCAGAGAGAGCAGUGUUCAAGGUCAUUCACACUAUGAUUCGCAGAGGAGAACUGCAGCACAGGAUGCAAAGGAAAAUGCUUUACAGAUUAAUGUGAAAAGGUGCGAGUUUUAACAUCUGCGACUAAUCCUGUUUAAUGGUGUAUGCCUCUGGAGGUGUGAAAGACUUUGUAGAUCCAAGAGUAAUGUUGCAACAUAUUAAACUCCUCCGUCACAAGAAACACAAUUUUAAAAAUUCUGGGAAAAAGGUCACUUUUGGCCCUGCACAUAAAUAUUAAUUGUUGCAAAUAACAGCAAAUAUGUUUUUAAAGAAAGAUGUGUUUUUAUUAAAUAAAUAAAUUACGCUGUUUUAAUAA